UUAGCUUCCAUUUUUUACGCUGUCAAACAACACAUCAAAUGGUUCUUCCGUCCGAAUCUGCCCCUGCCGAUUGAGAAGUGAAAUUAAUGGUGCAGAUUUUUUUCUAGUUAUCUCUUAAUUAGUCUUUUGAAUUAGUCCUUGAAUUUUAGUCUUUUGAAUUAGUCUUAUAUUGGAGUUGCUGAAAUAAAGGAAAUAAUGGGGAUGCCCACGUUUCCAGUAACUUCCUCCCUAGUUGUUAGGAGUAGUUUUGAGUUUUUUUUCCUUUAAAUUCUCCAGUUUGCUUUUGGGAAUGAAUAUCAGAAAUUUGCUUCAAUUACCCUCUCUGUUUUCUUUCUAUAUUCCUUCUAAUUUCUUUGGCUAUUGAAUCAGUCCUUCGAAACCCUUAACACUGGUAUCAGAGCAGUGCUGAUCCAAUGGAGACACGCAAACAAACUUUCGAACAGUUCCAGCAAAGCACUAAUGAAGCUCUCGAAAAACCCUUAACAUUUGCUUUGACCUUUGUGGAUAAACUCUACACGGAGUUUCAAUUUCAGAGUAAAAAAGUGCUGGAAGACAUUGCGGAGCUCUCCUCCCGUUUUAAGCUCGCACUGGUGGCAAAGUUUCUGAGGCGUCCUUCUUUCACUUCCAUGACCAAAUUUCUGCAAAAAUUGGGUCUCAGAGGAAGCUUUGAUCUCACAGUUCUCUCACCCCACAGAUUCCUGAUCAAUUUCCAUGAAGAGGAGGAUUAUCUUCGUCUAUUUCUUCGAAGGUCAUGGCUGGUUUUUGGUUACACUAUGACCCUGUCUAAAUGGAGUCCCUCUCUCUCCCAAGAAAUGGAAAAUCCAGUCAUGCCUAUCAUGCCUAUCUGGAUUGCUUUUCCAGAUCUUCCCAUCCAUCUUCAUGAUAAGAGAGCUCUCCAUCUUAUCUCCUCUUCCAUAGGCACCCCUCUGAAAGUUGAUUCCAACACUCUAAAUUUCUCUCGGCCAGGCUUGGCAAGAUGUUGUGUGGAGGUGGAUAUCUCUAACCUCCCUCCGGCGAAGGUCCUCAUUAAUCAUGGGGGAGAGGAGCUUAUUUUCCCUUUCUACUACGAAAAUGUUCCCCUUUUUUACCCAGAUAAAACUGACAAUAGCCUGGCCAUAGUCCCCUUUGAAGGAUUUGCUCUCCCAGAGGAUGAUGUACCAGACAUUGGUUUCUUCAAGGAGCCAGAAGAUAUUGACGAUCAACUAAAACAACUGGAUGCCCUCCUCUCUAGGGAGGACUUCCCUCAUUUAAAGGAUUCUAUCUCCCAGAGCCCCAAGGAUUUCAGCUCUCGAACUAAGGGCCCUUGGAUCAUUGGUGGGGACUUUAACACUGUGGCCUCCAUUACUGAACACAAAGGGGCAGUCUGCCCUGACCUUGGUAGUAUGGAUGAUUUCAAUAAGGCUAUUGCUGAUUGUGACCUUAUCUCUCCUUCUUUUCUUGGUAGCCAAUUUACUUGGUUUGGUAAUAGGGGGAGAGGGAGAGUGUGUAGAAGACUUGAUAGAAUCCUUAUCAAUGAGGUUUGUUUGGAUCUGUUUCAUACUAUUGAAGUUAAACACCUAGGAAGGGGGAACUCUGACCACAGGCCAUUAUUAUUAAACUGUCUUCCUAGCUCAAGGACUGGCCCAAAGCCUUUCAAAUUCCUGAAUGUCUGGAGCUCCCAUCCUACUUAUAGAAACCUUCUUAUUUCCUCUUGGGACAAAACCUAUCAUGGUGGGGGUAUGAGAGGGUUAGUUUGCAAGCUUUCAAACAUCAAAGCUACCCUUCUCACUUGGAAUAAAGAAACAUUUGGUAACCUCUUCCAGGAUGUUAAAGAUGCUGAAAAAAGGGCAGAACAAGCAGAAGAAAAACUUGAACAAGAGGACUCACAAAUAAACCUACUGGAAUUCAAACUUGCCACAACCCUUCUCCUACAAGCCCUUAAAAAGGAGGAGAGUUUUUGGGCUCAAAAGGCAAAUAUAAGGUGGAUCUCACAAGGGGAUGCUCUACAGCUUUCUUUCACUCUUUUGUUAAAGGAAGGAGGCAUAGAUUGUGUAUCUCCUCUCUUAAAGAUGAUAAUGGAAAACUGCACAAUACAUUGGAGGGGAUCUCUAAAGUGGCAGUGGACCACUACUCAAGGGUUUUCUCCACUGUUCAUGAGGGGGAUAUGGGACAAAUCCUGGAUCACAUCCCUAACUGUGUAUCUCCCCAAGACAACAGUUUGCUCAGAGGUGGUUUCGGAUGAUUACAACGGAAAAAAACUGGAGGGUAAAGCAACUGGUUUCUUCAAAGGUAUUCCCUCGGUUAGCUUCACACAGGAAGACAUUGCGGAGCUCUCCUCCCGUUUUAAGCUCGCACUGGUGGCAAAGUUUCUGAGGCGUCCUUCUUUCACUUCCAUGACCAAAUUUCUGCAAAAAUUGGGUCUCAGAGGUAGCUUUGAUCUCACAGUUCUCUCACCCCACAGAUUCCUGAUCAAUUUCCAUGAAGAGGAGGAUUAUCUUUGUCUAUUUCUUCGAAGGUCAUGGCUGGUUUUUGGUUACACUAUGACCCUGUCUAAAUGGAGUCCCUCUCUCUCCCAAGAAAUGGAAAAUCCAGUCAUGCCUAUCUGGAUUGCUUUUCCAGAUCUCCCCAUCCAUCUUCAUGAUAAGAGAGCUCUCCAUCUUAUCUCCUCUUCCAUAGGCACCCCUCUGAAAGUUGAUUCCAACACUCUAAAUUUCUCUCGGCCAGGCUUGGCAAGAAGUUGUGUGGAGGUGGAUAUCUCUAACCUCCCUCCGGCGAAGGUCACACUAUUGAGACCUGCGCUCACCGGAAAAUCCCACCGGAGAAGGAUAAUCAUAAGAGGGAGACAUUUUCAGAAGGGUGCUAAGGACAACCAGGUACAGGCCAAAGAGGAUAAAAUUGCUGAACAAUGGCAACAGGUUGUUUCCAAAAAGGGUAAGGACAAAUUGCUAGGGGCAGGGAAGUUAGAGUGGCGGGCCAAACAUGCACCAAUUGUUCCUGCUUGGAAAGAAGGGCCAGUGAUUGAGGAUGAACAGAUCCUCUCUUGCUGCUUUAAUCAUCUUGGCUCCUCCUCUUCACUCUGGAUCUCUAGUGUUUAUGGUAGGCACACCAGGGCUGAUAGAGUUGGGCUUUGGAACUCUUUGAGAAACCUCCAUCCUAUUCAGGGCCCUUGGAUCAUUGGUGGGGACUUUAACACUGUGGCCUCCAUUACUGAACACAAAGGGGCAGUCUGCCCUGGUAGUAUGGAUGAUUUCAAUAAGGCCAUUGCUGAUUGUGACCUUAUCUCUCCUUCUUUUCUUGGUAGCCAAUUUACUCUGUUUGGUAAUAAGGGGAGAGGGAGAGUGUGUAGAAGACUUGAUAGAAUCCUUAUCAAUGAGGAUGUUAAAGAUGCUGAAAAACGGGCAGAACAAGCAGAAGAAAAACUUGAACAAGAGGACUCACAAAUAAACCUACUAGAAUUCAAACUUGCCACAGCCCUUCUCCAACAAGCCCUUAAAAAGGAGGAGAGUCUUUGGGCUCAAAAGGCAAAUAUAAGGUGGAUCUCACAAGGGGAUGCCUCUACAGCUUUCUUUCACUCUUUUGUUAAAGGAAGGAGGCAUAGAUUGUGUAUCUCCUCUCUUAAAUAUGAUAAUGGAAAACUGCACAAUACAUUGGAGGGGAUCUCUAAAGUGGCAGUGGACCACUACUCAAGGAUUUUCUCCACUGUUCAUGAGGGGGAUAUGGGACAAAUCCUGGAUCACAUCCCUAACUGUGUAUCUCCCCAGGACAACAGUUUGCUCAGGUCAAUCCUAGAUGAGGAGGAAAUCAGGAGAACAAUUUGGUCCUUAAAUGCCAAUAGCACUGCUGGUCCAGAUGGUUUUAAUGGUUUUUUCUUUAGGGAUUCUUGGGAAAUUAUCAAAAUUGAUGUUUGUAGGGCAGUUCAGGAAUUCUUUGUGGGCAUCCCCAUGCCAAAAGCUUUUGGCAGCACUCUUAUUACCCUGAUCCCUAAGCAGGAAGGCUCCAUUACCUUGGAUCAAUUUCGUCCCAUCUCCUUGUCAACCUUCUUUAGCAAAAUCAUUUUCAGGCUGUUAAGUGAGAGGCUCAAAACAAUCAUUCCUAAACUAAUCUCCCAGGAACAAGCAGCAUUCCAGCCACAGAGUUUUUUCCCCAUGAAAUGUGGAGUUAAGCAGGGAGACCCCCUCUCCCCUCUUCUCCUCAUCAUUGCCUUGGAAGACAGCAGGAAUCUAUUGAGACUUAGGGAACUUCUCUCCCUUUUCAUGAAGGCAUCAGGAAAGGAAAUAAAUUACUCCAAAAGCCAAGUUAUAGUCCAUGAAAGAAUGAAGUCUGAGCAGCAAAACCAGAUCAGAAAAAUCUUGUCCAUCAGCAAGAAGCUCAAUCAGAUGGGGAGGCUCAUUCUCAUCAAACACGUGCUAUCCUCAAUUCCUUUACAUCUUAUGGCUGCACAAAGAAUUCCUAAGUCAAUUCUCAAAAGUUUGAAUAGACUUAUGGCGAACUAUUUCUGGGGAAUAAACGAAGAAGGUCCAAAAUAUCACUGGAGAAAAUGGGAAAAACUUUGUUUUCCAUUCGAGGAAGGAGGUCUGGGACUUAGAAACCUCCUCAAUAGCCAGGAUGCAGCUUACAUAGAUCUGUGGUGGAAGGUGGUUACUGAAAAUUCCAUCUGGGGGAAAUUUAUGAAGUCUAAAUAUUUCAGAGAUGGAAUCUUCUCCCCUAAGAUCUAUGACUCAUACACGUGGAAGGCUAUUUGCAAGAUCUCCCCUUUGGUCCUUCCACACUGCAGUUAUCAUGGUGAAGAUGUGGCAUGGCUAUCAGGGACAUACAGCUUCAAAACUGCCUACUCUCUCACGCUGCUCGAUGAUAUCCCAUAUUUGGCAAACUUACUCUCUGGUUGUCAAUGCACCUUCGGCAGGAGGAGAUUUAACUGCUCAGCAAAUCAUUCUCAGCGGGUGGUUUUCGUCAAACAAGGGUAGCAUCAAAGGGAACUUGAGAUUUAUCCUGCCUGGUCUUUUAUGUUGGUCCGUUUGGAAGCUCUACAACUCCUUUCUCUACCAAGAACAUAAACCAUCCAUCAACGGGCUGUUGACAUCCAUAAACAAACUCACUCAAGCUUGGUUUUGGGCAAAUAAAUUAGAUACCACUUU